CCGUCGAUUCACGCAGAUAAGUUAACUCCACCUGGGCAGGUCAAAUUAUGGGGCUUGUUUGUAUGCCACGGCCGGUGUUAAGGACUUAAAGCUUUGCUAGUGAGUAUGAAUGCGGAGAAUGAUUAGGAAUGCGUCCUUUCAAGAAUGAGAUCAUAGCAUUGUGACCAGAUAUAAAAUGUCUUCAUUCACCCUCUCAGUCGAUUCCAAAACCUCUGAGAUAAAACACUUGCACAUUUUCUUACCCUCAAUUCAAACCGUCUCUUUUCACACAAACAUAUUUUACUAAACACACAAAAUGGCUUUCGCUUCACCCCCGGCCCCAAAGACCGCUCUUGGUCACUAUAGAAUGCUUUCACCCACAGCAUCAGUCAGAGUGAGCCCUUUAUGCUUGGGAGCAAUGAACUUUGGAAAUGCCUGGGAGAGCUUCAUGGGAGCUUGCGAUCAAAAACAAACCGAGGAGAUAUUAGACUUCUUCUAUGAAUCAGGUGGAAACUUCAUUGAUACCGCCAACAAUUAUCAGGCCGAAGAAUCCGAGAAAUGGAUUGGUGAAUGGGCUGAAAAGCGUGGAAUUCGAGACCAGCUUGUCAUCGCCACAAAGUUUACAACGUGUUACCGAGCUGGACACGGCGACAAAGAAAUUUUGAUCAAUACUACCGGAAACGGAACGAAAUCUCUCCAUUUAUCUCUUGAAGCAAGCUUAAAGAAGCUGAGAACAUCUUACAUCGACCUUCUGUAUGUUCAUUGGUGGGACUUCACUUGCUCGAUUCCAGAACUCAUGCAAUCAUUGAACGCAUUGGUCUUGUCCGGAAAAGUUCUGUACCUUGGGAUUUCAGAUACACCAGCCUGGGUUGUAUCGAAAUGCAACCAAUAUGCUCGUGAUCAUGGGUUCCGUCAAUUCUCAGUGUAUCAAGGACGCUGGUCUGCCGAGAACCGUGAUUUCGAGCGUGACAUUAUCGAUAUGGCUGCCGAUGAAGGCAUGGGGCUAGCUCCUUGGGGUGCAUUGGGAGGUGGCCACUUCAAAAGCGACGAGCAACGCAAAUCCGAUGAAGGACGAAAGCUGUGGGAACCAACCGAGGCUGCCAUCAAGAUAUCUAAGGUUCUGGAGAAGAUUGCCAACGAGAAGAAUACUAUAAUCACUAGUGUAGCAUUGGCAUAUGUGCUGAAGAAGGCGAAAUACGUAUUCCCAAUUGUUGGUGGAAGAAAGAUCGAGCAUCUGAAGGGAAACAUUGAAGCUUUAUCGUUGGAGUUGAGUGAUGAUGAUGUCAAACAAAUUGAGGAGUCAAACGCGUUUGACAUCGGAUUCCCUCUCAAUUUCUUAGGAGGUCCAAACGGGGUGAAGAGUCCAGGUGAUGUAUGGCUGAUGAAAUCAGCUGGUAUAACUGAUCAUGUUCAACCAUCUAAGCCUCUUUCACCACAUAAGCAAUAAAUGGCCGAGAGAAGAGUAGAUGGAAUUUGGAUACGGAUAUAAAGGGAUGAAUAAGUAGAAACAAUCUCAAUUUGAAUUCUGAAAGGUUCGAGACUCAAUGAAUAGUCGGUUUUUAAUUCCUUGC